CGCCGCCGGGGCCGCCCCUCCGCGGGCGCGGCCCUGAAAUACGGCCCGGCCGCCGCCGCCGGGCAGCGCAGGAGCAGCGGCCGCAGCGCGGCCAUGCCCGCCCCCGCCGCGCCCCGCAGCCUGGCGGCCGCCGCCCCCGCCGGCAAGGCCAAGCUCACCCACCCUGGCAAGGCCAUCCUGGCAGGUGGCCUGGCCGGAGGGAUUGAGAUCUGCAUCACAUUCCCCACCGAGUAUGUGAAGACGCAGCUGCAGCUGGACGAGAAGGCAAACCCUCCUCGCUACAAGGGCAUCGGGGAUUGUGUGAAGCAGACUGUCCGUGACCAUGGCAUCCGGGGACUGUACCGGGGUCUCAGCUCGCUGGUGUACGGCUCCAUCCCCAAGGCCGCCGUCAGGUUUGGGAUGUUCGAGUUCCUCAGCAACCAGAUGAGAGAUGAGCAGGGGCGGCUGGACAGCACGCGGGGCCUCGUCUGCGGGCUGGGCGCCGGUGUGGCCGAGGCCGUGGUGGUGGUCUGCCCCAUGGAGACCAUAAAGGUGAAGUUUAUCCAUGACCAGUGCUCCCCCAAGCCCAAAUACCGUGGCUUCUUCCACGGCGUCCGGGAGAUCGUUCGGGAACAGGGACUAAAGGGGACCUACCAGGGUUUAACCGCAACCGUCCUCAAGCAAGGAUCAAACCAGGCCAUCCGCUUCUUCGUCAUGACCUCCCUCAAGAACUGGUACAAAGGGGAUGAUCCCAACAAGGUCAUCAACCCCUUCGUCACGGGGGUGUUUGGAGCCCUUGCUGGAGCUGCAAGUGUCUUCGGCAACACCCCCUUGGACGUGGUGAAGACCAGGAUGCAGGGGCUGGAAGCGCACAAGUACAAGAGCACCUGGGACUGCGCCUACCAGAUCAUGAAAUACGAAGGGCCUCUAGCGUUUUACAAGGGCACGGUGCCUCGCCUGGGCCGCGUCUGCCUCGACGUGGCCAUCGUCUUCGUCAUCUACGACGAGGUGGUCAAGUUCCUCAACAAGGUGUGGAAAACGGACUGAGGGGGCCGGCCGGGGCGGCCCCCCCUCCCUCGCCCCACGGGGUGCAGCUGGAGAGCCGUGACCAAGCCCACAGCUGCCCGCCGGCGCUGCCCGGGGCCAGGUCUGCCCCAUGCCCACAUCCUCCCCAAAACCCCACCACCUCCAUGUUUAGGAACAGGUUCUGGAGCAGGUCUAGUUAUCAGUUGUGUGCUGAAAAGAGCAGGGAGAGAGCCAUAUCCCAUCACCCAGACCCCCAGCACCCCGGUUAUACGCGCCCUGAUUCCCUGGUGACACUUCCCCAUGGUCCUGCAUCACCUGUAAGGUUAUCCAGGGUGAGGUGUCCCUGGGGACAGUGGCCCUGCUCCCCCAGGGCCUUCAGCAGCCAGAAGCUGCCGGCUGCCUUGGGGCCAGCACUUUUUGGGGGUGCUGAGAGCCCCUCGGAGCCUUUGGGGUACAAUGGCCAAGCUGUGUACCAGGCAUCACAGCUGGCAGAGGCUCCUGGAGCUGACACUGCCAGCUCAGAGCGAUGCUCUGGGUUGCACAGCAGCACUGGGGGGGGCCACCAGCCCUGCCCGCCCCGGGAUGGGAAGGCACUGACCCACUGGUGCGGGCCCAGGCUCCCACCUCCCUGACAGCACUGGGCCCCGGGGUACAGCCUCCCAGCCCCAGUUCCCACUCACCCCGGGCUCCUGAGCAGUUGCUGCCCAAAAUUGCACGUGCAGCCAGGCCUUUAGUUCUCUCGCUGUGGGGCCGGGGCUGGGGUGAGCCAGGUGUCCCCAGCACUUGCUGUUUACAGUUGAGACAUACUCACAAGCCGGGGCGGGGAGGCACAGCUCCAUGCCACAGACUUGGUCCCUUGGCCGGGCGUGCAAACCCCUUCUUCUGCCACAUUCCCGCCAUCUGCCCUCUCGCUGCGGCCCCGUAGGUAAUCCCGUAGCUUUCGGAGCUUCACGCUGACCCACUAACACCCGUGGCCAUGGGGCUGGAGCCCUGCCCUGCCCCACACCAGGCAUGGCCAUGCCGGAUUUGUGCCAAACUUCCCGUCAAGGAGCUGGGGAGUUGCGGGAGUUGGGGCUUGCCCUGUCCCUCCUCCCUCCUGUCCCCAGUGACAAAUACAGCCUUAACGCAGGAGGGCGAAGGAGGAGAAGUAAAGCCUGGGCACGGUUUACCUGCGGCUUUCUGCUCUGAAGCCAGUUGAGGGUUGGGUUUAUGUUUUUUUUUUUUAUUAUUAUUCUGUUUUACAUUCGCAAUUUGAAUAAAGUCAGUCUGGCUUUA